UUGUCAAUCGAGCGAAUAUUCUGAAGAAUAUGUUCUACAUUCUCUGCAACUGCCCAAAGCACAUGACGUCAUUGGGCUAUCAAUUACAGUAUUUUAGUAAGCAGAGCAUAGGAAACAAGCCUGUGGACAGGUAUGAAGUAUCUAUUAAUAUCUUAUCAGACGGCGAAGCCUCUGCCUUAUGCGACUAAUAAAAGUGGUGCAAGUGCCUGCUAAUGGCAACAGUAGCGUCAGCCGCGUCCACACCAAAACAUCAGCCAGACAAAUACUAAACAUGUCUAUACCACCGACGACACUUGUGAUAAUCGGAGCGAGUGCAAACAAUGCACAACGACAACGCCAAAAACAACAGAAGAGCAACAAGCUUAAUCUACAGCAGCAGCAGCAAGCCAACAAGGCGGAAGGUAAAGUUGGAGAGAAGUUAUCCCCACAGCAAGCGCCACAACAGGAGCCAGAGACAAAUGCCAAAUCAAAUAGUUGCCAAAUAAGCUAAAAAUUAACAAAAAGAAACAAAAAAUCCAAUUAAAUAAGCCGACGAUUAAAUACUCUUGUAAAGACGAGGCUAAACUAAUUUCAACCCAAUAUUUUUAUAAGAAUAAAUUUAAAUAUCAA